AGGAAAGGGGAGUUUUUUCACCGGAAAGCAAAUCUAGCAGAACGGUGAUGACGACAUUCCCCCUAUGCUAGCUGUUUGCGGGUUCAGAGAACUGAAAAAAAGUUUUAAAAGGAUUUCAGAUAGUCUCAAUUGGAAUAAAGGAAUUACCCCAAAACAGCCAACAUGUCUUCUCCGUCAAGGAGGUUGCAAACGAAGCCAGUUAUAACCUGUCUGAAGACCUUCCUCAUCUCUUACAGCCUCAUAUUUUGGUUCACAGGGGUUAUUCUCCUUGCUGUUGGCGUCUGGGGGAAGGUGAGCCUGGAAGCUUACUUCUCAUUGGUCACAGAACACAGCACCAAUGCACCGUACGUUCUGAUUGGCACCGGUGCUGUCAUCGUCAUCUUCGGCUUGUUUGGGUGCUUUGCGACGUGUCGGGGCAGCCCGUGGAUGCUCAGGAUGUACUCCAUGUUCCUGGCCCUGGUGUUCCUGGCUGAGCUAGUGGCUGGAAUCUCAGGCUUCCUGUUCAGGCACGAGAUCAAAGCAGUAUUAAGUAGUACCUACAAGGAUGCUGUGAAACACUACAACGAGACAGGCCCCAUAAGCAAUGCUGUGGACAACAUUCAGAGAAACCUGCAUUGCUGCGGAUCAGACAAUUACACUGACUGGGGGAGCACAGAGUACUUUAAAGAGAGGGGCAUUCCGACGAGCUGCUGCAGUGAUUCGCUCACCUGCAAACCCGAAGCACUGAAAGACCUGAGCAAGGCUGAGAAAGUGGUGUAUCACCAGGGCUGUGUCAAACUUGUGACCACUGUCAUGGAAUCCAACCUGGGAAUCAUUGCUGGAAUUAGCUUUGGAAUUGCCUUCUUCCAGGUCAUUGGAAUCUUUUUGGCAUGCUGCCUGUCCCGGUACAUCACAAAUAACCAGUAUGAGAUGGUCUGAUGGCAAACAGACCGAGGGCAUUUUCCAGAGAUCUAGUGCUGUAGGCUCCUGGGAAGAGGCACAAAGGGAAGACUUUUCAGAUUUCAAAUUCUUCGGAUCCUCCUCUUUUUUUUUUUUUUUUUUUUUUAUAGACUGUUUUAACCAGUGUGGAAUCUAAAAAAAUAAAAAUAAAACUAGGGGCCACAUGGCAACCAACUCCAAGAUGUGGUCAACACAGUUCCAUAGCACUAUGCUAGUCAGCGUCACAAAGACUAGGGACCAUAGAGUUUGUCUUGCUUGCAAUUCUUCAGGUUUAUACAGUGUGAUCCCUGGUUUUAAACCAAGUAAAAACACGUCAUUGUAUUAUUCAUUUAGUACUUUAUACUUUGCUAUCUUCAUUCAUUUCAGUGCAGAGUGCUUCGGUUACUCUGAAGUGCUGUAUAAAUGCUUUAUUUUUAGUAAAGCCUCAGCUGUCUUCUGACGAGAAUUACAAAGGGAUGAGGUUUUUUUAUGUUUGAUUUUGACACUAAUUCAAAUGGCACACCAGUGGCCUUAAGUAUUGUGUAGUAUGUGCAUGCUUUGAUAAGGAAAGCAGCUCUUUAGCUGUCAUUUAUAGUCCGAUAAGCUAGAGGGCACAAUUCACUGCUGCCUGAAACCACCAUACAAUGAAGCUGUUUAAAUACAGGAACUGGCCCAAAACACCCCCAAGGCGUUGGGGGGGGGGGGGGGGGGGUUGUACUGGAAUCCUGAUCACGUAACAUUUGUUUGGUAGAUAAGUAGUGACCCAGAUUUAGCAUUUAAUCUUUCAACCAGGUGAACAGUACUAUGAUGAAACAGGUCUUGUGUUAAUUGUUUGUUAGUCACAGUUACCAGAACCCCUUGCAAACUACCACAUCCGAGGGAUUCAAGGAAGUCGUAGUGUGUGUCAGAUUGGGAGGGGGGCGUGGAAUUUCAUUUGUAUGCAUUUUUUAAUUGUAGUAGUGAUUACUUAGAGCUUGGACUAGUGUUGCUUCUUGUAAAGGAUGGGUGGCAGAUCUGAGUGGGAAAACUGAAUAAAGAAAUGAUUUACAUGUAGAUUUAUUAUUAUUGUUAAGAAGGAUCAUUUUAAUGCUUUUUUAAACCCCUUUAUUGACAUCCGUUAUAUCAAGCUUUCCUUUAAGAUCUAACAAGUGAAUUGGUUUCCUAUGGUGGGGAUUUUGUGUCUUAUCUAAAUGUUUCCUUUUUAAGAGUAGCUAAAUUCGUGUGUAUCAAGUGUAGCGCACGGGCUAAUCCCUUGAAAUAAUCAACAAUGCCCUUACAAGUUCUGUUCCGGUCCAGACUAGUUCUAGCCAAUCAGUUGCUGUUGACUCCCUUGUCUGUACCCUCUUGGAUAGGCAAUAUUGGGAGGCAGGCUGAUCUGUUUAUCCAGUCCUGGGGAGACCACAUGUGCUCAACCGUCUGUUUAGCUCCAAUGCCAAUAGUAGCUCAGUGCAAUAGAUGCCUUUACACUAGAAGGUAUUUUCUCAUUAGAUUUGUUAAAAUAAAAAAGCUCAAUGAGACGUAAUCAGUGUUGAAUGCUGCCUGUACAAUUACAGUAAUAUGCAGAUACAGCAUGUAAAAGAAAUACCUGUAAAAAUAAACUACUCUUAAGUCUU